AAUCUCUCAUUGUCUUCCAAUUUUGCUAGAAUGCAAACCAAGAAAAUAAAUUAUGGAUUCCUUUUCUUUUCUAAGAAAGUAUUUUUUUAAUAUAAAACAUGGAUGUAGAAUUAUAGAUUAAUAGAUAUGGUGGGCGUCAAUGGUAAAUGGCAUAUGAUAAGGGCCCGUCCUCUCUCAACAAGAUUUGACGGAUAAACCAUACACCGCCACGGAUCUAACCUUCCUCCCCUUCAUCCAUCUCUCGCUCCCAUUUCAAAGCGAGGUCGCUCCACUUGUCAGUUGAACGCUAUUACCGCCGGUUAACUGAGCUGCUGAUUAAGGAGCCGAUUCAUAGAAUUCGGCCCGGCUAUGGUCUGCUUAUGGCGAACUUCUAGUCGAGACGCCGACUCUCGACUUGUGGUGGGCCCACCAGACAAACAGUUAUAUAUAUAUAUCCACACCAUUUUCAUCGCCGUGUGAAUAGUUAGUUAUGUGAACUUUCUCUCCUGAAUAUUCUCUCAAAUCAUUUUCUCUCGUUUUCUGUUACAUUUUCUUGAGAGCCAAACAUGCCCAAUUCUACAGUUUCUCUUGUCCUCUUGGACAAGUAAGCCUGUUUUCUUCCCUAAUCUGUGUGCAUUGAGUAAAAUCUUGAGGAGCGGAGUUCCAAUGACGACAAUUUCGGUUCAAAGAUGUGAAUUCUUGAGUUUCUCCAACAAUUCGUUGAGAAAUUAUCGCAAAUUUCACAGAAUCGCUGCUUCGUGGACAAUGACAAUGGAUUCCAAAUCUUUCUAUUCGAGGAAGAAGGAGGAACUCUCAAUACAGCUUCCAACACCAUCACUUCCUCAAACUGAAUCAUCAAUACCACAUGGUUUACGGUUUGGUCGCCUUCAGCCAUCUGAUGAAGAGUUAAAUCUGCCAAACAAACUUGAAUUCGGACGUUUUGUGGCACGACAGGCAGUGCUUGAUGAAGAAAUGUGGACAGCAGCAUGGCUCCGUGCAGAAUGUCAUUAUGAGCAUAGGGCAGAAAGAUAUGUUGAUAACUACAAAAGGAAAUUUGCAGAUCAGGAAUACCAUUCUAUCAAGAGGAGAAACGCGAGUCAGCUCGGGCAGAAAUGUACGUGCAUUGUUACGGUGAGAAAAGAAGUGAAGAACGUAAAAUGCAAUGUAAUCAAGAGUGUGGUUGCAACUGUUGAUUUGAGCAUCCGGUUCUUACUGCAUGGAGAGACCUUUCCUGGGGAAAGGAGGAAGGCCCCUAUCUUCUGCUGCAUCAACAAAGAAGGGCAGAGAUAUGGCCAUAUUGCAAAUUUAUGUGUUGCCAAAUGGGCACGUCGCAGGGGAAUUGCGGUCAACAUGUUGUAUUUUGCUAUAGAAUCAGCCAAAUUGGAUGGUGUUGAACAGGUGUAUGUUCAUGUUCAUAGAAAGAAUAAACCUGCACUGGAACUUUAUGAAAGACGGGGGUUGGAGAUAGUUGAAAUGGCAACCUCGCAAUUGUCGGAAGAUCAGACUUACUUGCUUUGUCUUCAGGUGGUAAAAAUCCAUUGAACACAAAUUCUACUACUAUUCUGUGUGCGGCAAGGGAGUGGUCUUGUGCACAAAAAUGUACUGAAUAUUCUGUUGACAGGCUAUAUACGCAAAAGGCUGAGAAUGGAGGCCUAGAAAUUACAUUUUUCUUACAUUAGUUUGAUGGAAGGAAAAAUGUAUAGACCUGUUUCACGGGUAAAUCUUCCACAGUGUUGCAACUUAGAACUGGGAUUUCAAGAAUCUAUUUUGCUCAAGAAAUUGUAAGUUUUUUUGAGAUGAUUUGAAGUAACUAGAAGUUACUUGCAGGUGCAUUUU